CUUCUCAGGCAUCCAGAGUGAGCAAUAGCAGUUUUCAACCUCUUAGACUUCACAGCACUCGGCCUUAAGGCUGCUUUGCUGAAAGGCUAAUGAGCAUAGUCAGGUGCAAACUUUGAAACAUGAACAGCAUCACCCAUGUCCCGUGUUCAGAGCUGACUUGGCUUGUCGUGGAGCCUGACUUCCCCACAAGGCAUUUUUAAAGUACCUAGGAUGGCCAACAAGAAAGAACCUCCUUUCUACAAUGAUAAUAACAUGGGACCAUGCCAUUACAAAUUUGCUUUCUAUGAGACUAUGGAGCUCUUCAUUGAAACUCUAACAGGAACAUGCUUUGAGCUGCUGGUAUCUCCUUUUGAAACCGUUAUUUCUGUGAAAUCUAAAAUCCAGAGAUUGGAAGGUAUCCCCGUAUCUCAGCAACACUUAAUCUGGAAUAAUGUAGAGCUGGAGGACGACUAUUGCUUGAAUGAUUACAACAUCUCAGAGGGCUGCACUUUGAAGCUGAUAUUGGCAAUGCGAGGUGGACCUAUUAAUACUAGAAGAGUUCCUGUGGGAGACCCAAUUAGGGAAAUAACAGAAUACAUGGAUCCCAGUCGUGAUGAUAUUUGGGAGAAGGUUCCAUCCAGCAAACAGGUUACCUUCUUAGUAUACCGCGAAGGAGAUCAAUUGAAUUUUUUCCGUAUUAUAGACAAGGGAGAUGGAACUUUAACACCAUUGUCUGAAUCGUUAAGUGGCGGUUCUGUUUAUAAUUUGUAUGCGGAUGAUGAAGAAGAUACAGAGGCAUCUCCUUCUGGUGAACAGAUUAUUGAGAAUUCUAUUACGAUGAAUAAAAUGAAGCUUCUUAGAGCAAAGAUGGAGAACAUGAAUCUGAGUAAAAAGCCUAAAAAAACUAUUAAAGUGAACCCCCAUCCUCCAUUGGCUCCUCGCCCAUCUAGUGGAUCAGUCACAGCUGCUCACCAGAGAUUUUUGCGAGCGCUCCGCCGAAUGGGACAACCAUGCCUACCUCCUAGGAAUUCAAAUACCUCAGACUUUUCUCAAAAUGCACUUUCGUUUUUAACAUCUGCUGGCAGAAGGAUGCCAUCCACUAGUAAUGACUUUGUGAAGGAAAAUGACAGAUGGGAGACUGCUCCACAGUCACUUAGCAGCAUUAGGCUGCCCCCUAAAAUUCCACAUGUGGAAAAAGAAGACGCAAAGCUUCCUGCAAACAGUGUGGUUCUUCCGGUCCCUGCUCCUCUUAGGCACCCUGGGAGAAAUAUAGAUAACAGUUCGGCAACAAAUGAAGCCGGUCCUUUCUUAUAUCCAAAUCUCACAAAUGUAAAGCUGUAUGCUACAGAAGAAAAGGUUAUACCAAACUCUGACACUUUUGCCUUGUUAGCUGAACCAUGCAGUGAUUUAUAUGGAAUAGGAAAAGUAAACACCGAGCUCCAUUUAUCUGAGGGGGAUGAGGACUCUGCUUCUGCAGAUCUUCCAAACAAGACCAUUAGAAAACUCCUGACCCCUGCAGCAGCAGAUACUACUGGUAUUCUUAAUUCUUGUGAACUAAGUCCCCAGAAGAACACACAAUUGUCACCUCUUCACUGCUCCACACAGAUGACACGUUACAGUCCUCGGAAACCUCAAGCUCAGUCCAAGUUUUUCGAGGUUGGUAACUUGAGGCCCGCUGCCUCGCCAAAUGUUCUGCGAUCCUUGGAGUUGCACAAUUUAGCCGACUCCUCAUAUCCAAGGACUUCUAAAUUCCAUGGCAUAGGUUUAGACUCGCCCAGCAAAAGACCCGACCUCCUUUCUAAAAUGGAGGCACGGGAAGUCACAGAAGUAGCGGUCAAGGCAUCCAAAGAUCCUGUUGUCUCUGUAAAUAAUGUGGGGUUCCUAAGUUCGCUGGCCCGGAGUGCAAACAGAGAUGCUUUGCAGAAUUCCUGUGGGACAAGCAGGUUUCGGACUUCUGGUAUUGCGCGAACUACAAACCUCCAACAUUUUCAAGGAGAAAGCUACAACAUGGCCGCUCCCCACAAUGAAAUGCCUGGAUACUUCCUAUCUCCUGGACUUGGAUUGAAUGGAAGUAUUGUGGCUGCAGGAAAAAGAAUAGCAGGUGAUGCAACUCAUCUCCCACCUGUGAAUGGUUCCGUUCAGCCUAAAAAGAAAAUGGCAAAGCACUGUUUCUUCUGUGGAAAGAAAACUGGAUUAGCUACAAGCUAUGAAUGUAGAUGUGGAAACAACUUCUGUGCAACUCACCGCUAUGCAGAGACUCACACGUGUACUUAUGACUACAAGAAUGCAGGGCGGAGGUACUUACAGGAGGCCAAUCCUGUGGUCAGUGCACCAAAGCUUCCCAAAAUCUGAGCAUGGUUGUAUGGCAUGCAUCUGUCUGCCAGAGGAGCCUUAUUACACAGAGAGAAGUAGCGGUGGUUUAGACUGCUUCUUUUGCCAUGCUCCAAAUCUAAAGAUUGCCAACUAACAAAACCAUAUGAUGCUGCAUAAUACUGAAGAAUAAUGUGAACACUAUUGUAGCUGACACCAUUUAUUCUUGAGUGAAUCAAAAAAUUUAAAAAGUAGUUUUUGAAAAUGUACAUUCUGAUUUAACUAUUAUUAUAUGUCUUGUGUUAAGUGUUUUAUAUUUUCAAAAUGCUCUUUCACUAGACGAGUCUUUUAAAAGAUGCACUUUACUAAGUUUUAAUAUAAAUUUUAUAAUGAGA